AUGGAGAACAAAGCCGUCUGGCUCCAGGGGCCCGGCAAAGAGCCAUGGGUCUCAUCAGCACCCGUCCCAGAACCUGGACCUGGUGAACUGCUCCUGAGAAUCAAAGGCGUGGCCGUUCAACCUGGAGAGUGGAAGAUUCAAGCGGGACUCAUCCCAGUUCCUCUGACAUAUCCAACCAUCAUCGGACGCAAGUUGCAGUUCUCGUGUUCAGGCGUUGUCGAAAAAGUCGGUUCCGGGAUCACCAGAUUUGCUCCGGGAGACCGCGUCGCUACCAACACCACUGGUGUCUUGAAAAAUGACUCUCGCUUCGGUGCCUACCAGCGGUUUGCGCUUACGCCUCAAGUCCUGACUUCCAAGAUUGGUAACACUUCCUUCGACGUGGCGGCCUCCCUGUCCACGGCAUAUUCGUCAAUGAGCGCGCUCUUCAUCCAUCUCAACCUGGAAAGGCCGCCUAGCAAAGGUCAAGCAGCACCCAGGGCAGAAAAGGUUCUGAUCUGGGGCAUUUCAUCCUCUUUUGGCGCCCUUGCAGCUCAACUUGCCCAGCAAGCUGGCUACGAGGUCGUCGGCGUGGCCGCAGGGCGCCAUUCCGAGUUGGCCAGGUCGUUUGGGUUAGAUCACUUCGUCGACCGCAAGUCGUCAUCCGUCGUGCAGGAGCUGACCGCUCUUGGGCCUUACAAGGCCGUCUUCGCCGGACAAGACUCCGCGGAGGAUCAAGUCAAGAUGGGCCAAGUCCUGGCUGCUCACGGUGGAGGCCGCAUUCUGUCUGCCGCGGGCAUCCAACCUGGCGUGGUAUUUCCAGCCGGUGUCUCUGGAUUCUUCCAGCAGUACUUGGACGACUUCCUAGACCCUCAGAACAAAGACUUCGUUGAAUGGGUCUGGUGGGACUACCUCGAAGCUGCGAUCACGGAUGGGAGGCUCAAGUCGGUUCCGCUAGAGGUCAUGGAGGGUCUAUCGCACACCACCGAAGCAUGGGACCUUCUCCGUCACCACAAGGUCGGGGGCAAGAGGAUUAUUAUCGUACCGGAGUCUGAGUGAUAUCCGGGCGAGAGAUCAGUGUUUCCAGGAGCGAUAGUGCCAGUUUCAAGCGCUAAUUAACUCCAUUGCUCUUAUAGUCUUGACAUCCUAG